GCCCUUUUUUCACGGUGCCAAUAUAUCAGACAUACCGAAUUUGUUACCUUUAUGUUCUCAAAAACUACUCUAAAACCUUGUGUUCAUUUUAGGUGUUUUUGAACAAUCGAUACACUUUGCGUGACUUAGAAUGCAAUCACUUUCUCUCUAAAUAAUUAAGUUUCUCAUCAUGGCAAUGUUUCUUUAAUUUUUUAACCUCAUUGAUCAUGUUCACUCCCGUCGAAACUGCCCCUGCCCGGAAGUGCAAUACUUUAGCAGUUUUAAGCAAGUGCGUGCACGAUGAUAUUUAAAGUUCUAACCUUGGCGAAGGUCGAUAUUAGCAUAGAUAUGUUCGCAGCAGCUUCAAACGCAGAGAUGCAACUUGCGGCUUACAAUAUAAAAGCACUUGGGCUCGGUGAACGGUUCAUCAGUUAACAGUUUGUUGUUCAUCGAUUGAAUUGUUUGGUGAAGUUGUUUAGUGAAAGUUACGAAAAUGAAUCAAUAUUUUGUUGCGUUUUGCAUCGCUGCCAUUUUGAGCCAAAUUGAGGCCUUCACGCUCCAGCAGCGCCAGCAAGGGGACCUCUUCGCGCUGGAAUGCCUCCGGGAGACGGCGGCCAACCCGGUGUCGGUGGCCCUGCUCAAGAUCGGUGACUUUUCCGCCAAGGACGAGGCGUCCAAGUGUUUCGUGCGUUGCUUCUUCGAGAAGGAAGGCUUCAUGGACGCCCGCGGAAACGUCGAGACGGAAAACAUCGUGGCCGCCCUGUCCAACGAUUAUGACAAGGUGAAGGUUGAGGCGCUGAUCGACCGGUGCCAGGUUGAGGGCCGGGAGGCGUGCGAUACGGCCUUCCAGAUGUACGAGUGCUUCUACCGGAACCGGGAAAGUCUGUAGAUGACGUCAGUGUGUGUGUGCCAAAAGUGGGCGGUGCGUGUCUCCUCUGUCGGAAAUAGAUUCAUUCAAGCGAAAAUAAAAAGGGUUGAAAUAGUGAAACAGUUUUGGGUUGCUUUUUUUUAGAUCACCGACCAUCUACGUGAGUUAUAAUUAAGCUUUACCUAUUUUGGUACUUCAUGAUUGUGAUGUCAU